AUGGUUAUUGUGGUGAGGGAUAACGCAAAUUAUAAUAGCAGCAGUUUCCCUUCAUUUCUUCUUUCGACAAAACUUUGGAUUAUUGCGGGAUCCGUAGUUGGAAUCACUUUAAUCAUCUGUAUUUUCAUCGUGGUGUGUAAAACUCGCCACAAAAUCAAAGAGAAAAGCUCAUGGAGACCGACAGUGACAACAUACAAUGAUGAAAAUCAUUUCAGUAGUUACACACAAUCAUCAUCAACCUGUUGUGAACCACACAAGUCAAAAUCAAGUUUACGCCUUCCAUGUAAAGACUGUGCAAUGAAUCCAAAAGGAAGAGUUUUAGUUAGUGAUUUACCUAGCACUUCUUCAACCAUCUCUGAGGAAGAAUCCCCUGCUUAUCUGUAUUCCUGUAUUAAAAAGGAAGAAGAAAUUGGCAAAUUAAAUGGUACAAGUCAUCAACCCUUAAUAAGGCAGUUUUCUUCCUUUAAAAGCAAACCCAAAGGGAAGGAUUUGACAGAAAUUCCGUAUGACAUCGAUGAAAAAUACACAAUGGUGAGAACCGGAUCAGUGACUGACCACUCUGCGCUGAUAAACACCGGGCGUUUUACACUGACAGACAAUGAAAGUCAAGGAUAUUUUGUUCUGGAGCCCAGAAGUCCACAAGAUGGUCGUGAAUCAAUUAAUCUUGAAAAUUUACCUCCCCCUCGUUUUAGUGUUUUAGGAACUGGGAUGAUGUAGUGUAAUCGAUUGCCUCUCACCAACUUAAAAGAAUAUAUAUGUAUGCAGAUAGAAAGAGCUAUAUAAGCAAUGACUUUUUCUCCUAUUGUUUCUUUUCUGUUGACUCAAACAUUUGAUUAAUGUUAAAUGAAAAUAAAAAAAUGUCAAUUUGGUUUAAAUAAUAUCCUGAAUAUCCUGAUU